CAGUCAAAUUUUGCUGCUACUAGACGGGAUAUGCUGGUGUCCUCCCAGAACAGUGAGAGUGCCACGCGGAUUUACAAGGGUCGCGAACAAAAGGUUGAGGGUCACGCAGGUUCAUGAAUUUAAAGUAAUCGGGAUCUUGGAACACGAUGUAGGAGACGUUUUCAUGAUGGAGGGAAUCGGCAGAGUAUUCUUUAUAGAGAAGAACGUAGCUGCAUACGUCCGCAAGCGUGGGAAAUCCGAUAAAUUCACUACCGUUGACAAAAUUAACGUAUCUGCACGUCCUUCAUACCAUUGGUGGAGAGCACAAGUCAUAAAAUUUGAGUAUACGCUUCCCCCGGACCACACUGCGGCGAUCCUAAGAAGACUCUUGGGCAGGAAACUCCCUUACGCGUAUUCCAGUUGUAACGAGGAGCACUACAUGGACUACUUCCUCAGCGGGGAGCCUAGGCAGGGACGCAUAUUGGCCUAUCCUCUGUGCCUGCAGCGACGCUCAUUGUCGUCUGUCCUGUAUGAAGAAAUCGUGAGUUCAGACUUUUACCUCCAAGACAUGCGCAACAAAAAGGUGAAGGUCAUAGAUAUCGAUUUCGAAACUGAUUCCAAGGAAUCCGUAAAUGUUGAUUCCUCCGAAUGAUCCUCUGUUUUGAGAAGGAGGAGAAAAAACUUUUGAACUAUUUCUGGACAUUUUUAACUUAAAAACUGACCAGUUCCAAUUUUCUUUUUUUAGAUUUUAGCGGCUCUGGUGCUUGCACUAGAGCUGCUAUUCCGGACGG